AUGGUCACCAAGGUGCAGGUGGAGCUGCUGCAGAGAGAAAACUCUGUCCAAGCCACAGAACUGACAUCUUUUGAAACUAGACUGACCGCCUCCGAGAGCAAAACAAGUGACCUAGAAAAAGAGACUGCAGAGUUGCAGACCAGACUGAACAACAGUGAGAGUGAACUUCUCGUUAGCAAGUCCAGGAUUGAUCAGCUGGAGAGAGAAAAUGCAGAGAGACCAAAGGUGGCCUUCUACGUAGCUCUGACCGAUGCAGGACACGUUGGACCGUACAACACAGACAUCACACUGAAAUACAGCAAGGUCUUCACCAACAUCGGCAAUGCUUACAAUCCAGCUACAGGUUUCUUCACAGCACCAGUCAAUGGGGUCUAUUAUCUCCAGUUCACUGUGUAUGGUGGCCGUAAUGGUGCUUCAGGUGUAAAAUUGUACAAAAACAGCCAGGGGAUUAUGUAUAAUUACAACGUGAUUAAUGGAGGUGGUAGUUUUUUGACUCACUCUGUUAUCUUGGAGCUCUUUGCAGGAGAUACA